UAAUCAGUUAAUAUUUCACUUAUUUGUGCGGCCAUGUUUUGAGAAAAAUUAAUUUCCGAUAAUGUACGUUCAUGUUAAAUAAUUUUCUUCCAAUUUAUUUUUCAGCUAAAAUAUUUGUCGACUGCAGUACGGUUCAAUUAUUAGUCCGUGGGUUCAACUGAUUUAUCUUCCGUUAUUUUACUCGCUCCCAUUGGCCGGUAGUUAUUAUUUUUUUGAUGUUGGCAACUCUAAUUUGUGACUAGAAAACACCCCCGAACUCUGAAGCUAAUGAUCGAUUACUUGUAGACAAAUUGUUUAUUUGCUUUACAUAAAAUACAAUUUAAAAAGCAAACAUACUAAGACACUAAAAACACAUUUUAUUUUUCAUCAAUACAUUCUGUGCUACGUUCAAAAUUUAAAAAUAAUAAAAAGUGAAUUUAAAUAUUGGUUUUAUCAGUAGGUACAAAGGACUUUAGGCAACGUCAGUUCUCAUCAAGGGACAAGGAUACUAUUGACCAUAAUAUAUUGUCCCUAUAUGAUGUAUUUACUGACUGACGAAUAAUUGAUAAGCACUGUUUGUUUUACAUGGAUUUUUGAGAUUUGAAAGCUAAAAAAACGUACUUAUUAUAAAUAAUUAGGUAGAUAACUUGUUUAAAACUGUUGAUAAUUUACUUUUUCAUUUCAGCUACAAUGCAUACAAAUGUCUCAAAUGACGCGCUUCCAAAAAUUAUGGUCUUCAGACCUACCUGGGAUGAAUUUAAAGAUUUUAACAACUAUAUUCAGUACAUAGAAUCUCAAGAAGCACAUAAAGCCGGAAUCGCGAAGGUAAAUAUUUUAUAUUGACAUAUUUUUCAUUUAUCACACAUAUCUACCUGCUGUAUUUAUUGUUUUAUUUUCAAUUUUUUUUAUUUUUCAGAUUAUACCCCCUAAAGAAUGGAAACCAAGAAAACUGAGCUAUAUUGAAGAUGAUGUUUUGGGAAUACAAAUUCCAACUCCUAUAACUCAAGUAAAUAAUUUAAAAUUUGUAAUUAAAUAAUAAAGUAAAAACAAAAUCAUUAAAAUGGUUAAUACUCGUAAAUAAAUAAAGUAAAUAAUUAUAAUAAAUAAAUAAAGUAAAUAAUUAUAAUAAAUAAAUAAAGUAAAUAAUUAUAAUAAAUAAAUAUAUAAAUAAAAAAUGUAUAUAUAAAAAUAAAAUAAAUAAAUGAAUUAAUAUGUUGCCUAAAGAAUUAUGAAAAGUGUAUAAUUUAAAACCGGUUAUAUAAUACACUUAUCGUAAUUCUUUAGGCAACAUAUUAAUUCAUUUAUUUAUUUACUUUAUUUAAAAUGUGUUUUUUUUAAGUUAGCUUUUAUUUUUACUGUAUUAAAUAUUAAUUGCAUUGUUCAUUUAGAAAAUUACUGGAAAAGGAGGGUCAUAUAUACAUAAUACUUUAAAAAUGAAAGCCAUGUCAUUAUCCAGUUUUAAAUGUUUAUCAGAAACAAAUAAAUACAAAACACCCGUUCAUAUUGAUUACGAUGAUCUUGAAAGAAAAUUUUGGAAGAACAUUACGUAUAAUCCUCCAAUUUAUGGAGCAGAUGUUUCUGCAACUGUGUUUGAUGCUGAUUGUGAAGUAUGUUGGUAAACAAUUAAAAAUAUCAUAGAAAUAAUUUAUGCAAACAAUUUUUUUUUGUCUUAAAAAGAUUUGGAAUAUAAACAAACUGGGUACAAUCCUCGACUAUCUGAAUGACGAUUAUGGUGUUAAAAUUGAUGGUGUUAAUACCCCAUACUUGUACAUUGGUAUGUGGAAAUCAGCAUUUCCAUGGCACACUGAAGAUAUGGACUUGUAUAGUAUAAACUAUCUUCAUUUCGGGAGUCCAAAAACAUGGUUUUUAUGAUUUUUUAUACAUUAUUCAAUUUGAAACAUAUUUAUAACAUAAAUACCUCUUUGGGCUGUUCUUAAUUUCAGGUAUGCAAUUCCACCAGAAUACGGUCGUCAAUUUGAAAGAUUAGCUGCAGCUAAGUUUUCAAUGGAUUAUAGUGUUUGUUCAGCGUUCAUUCGGCAUAAAAUGUGUUUUAUAUCUCCUAAUUCAUUGAAUGAUUCUUCAAUACCAUGGGAUAAAGUAAGAGAUUAGAUAUUAAUAAAUUUGUUUAUUAAAAAAUUAAACACUGUUAUAAGUAUUAGUGUUAUUAAUACUAGUAAAAUUAAGGUGUAUAAAUUAAUUAUAUAUUUAUUUGUUAAUAAAUAUAUUAUUAAUAAAUAAAUAACUUAAUUGAAAAAUACAAAACAAACCCAUUUUUGGGCUACCCUGCAUCACAGUAUACUAGCCAAUAUAUAAUAUUAUAAACAUUAGUAUUAUAUUAAUAAUAUUAGUAAGUUCACUACCUUUUUAAACAAAUAUUAAUUUGUUUCAGAUAACACAAGAGCCGGGGGAAAUAAUAAUAACCUUUCCAUAUGGUUUUCACUCAGGGUUUAACCAUGGGUUUAAUAUUGCUGAAGCUAUUAAUUUUGCAACAAAUCGUUGGGUAGAAUAUGGUAAACGUGCGAUGCAGUGUAAAUGUAAAGGGGACAAGGUAAAGUUCAGUAUGGAUAUAUUUAUUAAACGACUGCAGCCUGAAAAGUAUGAUAAAUGGAUUCAAGGAAAAGACUAUGGACAUCACCCAGAAGAAUCAAAACGUUUAACACCUCGUCCAGCUGGACCUUCUAAACCAUCAAGUAAAAAGAGGUUAAUUUUUUUUUUCAAAAAAAUAAUAAUUUUGAUUUUAUUGUCAUAAAAUAUGUAGUCAAAGUAAAUUAUUAAAAUUUUCAGAAAAAUUGAAAAUAAAGUCUGAUCUAGUUUCAAAAUUGAACUAAUCAAACUUUUCCAAGAAGUGGAUAAUAAAGUUGAUAAAAUAAAGUCAAUUGUGAAUAAAGAGAGAAUCAAAAAUAAAUGUUCACUUCUAAUAUGAUGGGUAAGUGAAUAUCCCUACAUUUUGAGUAAAGCGAGGUAUGUUUUGAUUUUACAAUGAUGUUUAUUUUUUCAUACACCAAGUACAAAUGUUCUCCUAUAAAUCUUACUCCAAUCAAAACAAGAAAAAACCUUUUUUAUUGUAUUUUGGCUUUAAUUGAUACUUUUGAAAGGUUAUUUUUUGUAAUUUUCAUUAAUAUUCAAGUUAAUGAGGACUAUUUUUUCUUUGGAUAAAAAUGAUUAAAAAUUAAAAUAAGGUUAUUGUUGGCAACAGUUUUUAUUUAGUUUUUGUUGUUAAGUUUUUAUUAUUUUAAUCUAUUAAUCUUAUUUAAACAAGUUGUCGUGAAAACACAUUGUUGAAAAAGCAUUACUGUUGACCAAGUUCUGCUCAGAUUCAUUUUUCGUUAGCUAUGGUUAAUUGUUGCAUACAGAUAUAAGUUAAAUUCUCCUCUAUAUUCUACUUUCCCAACUUCUGCUACUGUCCUGAAAUAGUAAUUUGAUAUUAAAUUUAAUAUUUACCUAACCUACGUACCUAAAAAAAUUCCUUCCAUAAAUGUUAUAAUUGAUUUAAUAUAAAUGGUAUUUUACAUUUUAAUAAAACAAAAAUUUUUUAAAUUUUUACAAACUUAAAAACAUUUAAAAAUCAUAACUGAUAAAGACAUUUUUAUCUCAUUGGGGAUAGAGCCAAUCAGAGAACAGGAUUUUGAUAGGGCUCUCUAACAAUGUACACUUUGCUUAUAUGUGGAUGGGUGCAGCCACAGUUGUAGGUUGGAAAUUGAGAAGGCAAAAUACAUAAAGUUUUUUUAAAACUAUUAUUAUAACUCUGUAUUUUUUGAUGUUAAGUCACAUUGUAAAUUAUAGUUAAAAAAAAUAAAAAUGAGUAAACACGAAAAAAAAAUGAAAAUAAUUUUGAAGUCCCAAAAAACUAAGUUAAUUGAGUUAGAAAAAGUUGGUAAAAUGUCAUUGAUUAGUUGAUAACAAAAAAGGCGAAAAUAUUUAAUAAUUUUAAAAUUGUAUUUUUAUUAAAAGAAAGGGGUUGAAGAUAAGUAUAAGUGAAAUAGAGUAUAUAGAAUAUGAGUUUGGAGGAACACAACUAACCAGCUAAUUAAUGAUUUAAAAAGAAAAAUCCAUUUAUUUAUUAUAACUAUAAUGCAAAGACUUUAUUGUAUUAAAAAUACAUGCAAUGAAAUUAAAUAAAAGUUUAAUAUAUAAUGUAUAAUACAAGAAAAGAAAGAAAAACUUAGAACUACACGAUUACAAUGUUUUAAAUAAAAAACAAGGUACAGAAUAUUUUGUUUUAAGUGCCUAGGAGGUAAAAAUAAAAGGUAUUGUGUAUACACUCAACACUCUCUUUCAAUUUCUGUAUCAAACAAUUAUGUAUUUACAUAAUUAUAUACAAACAACUAAUAAACAAAAAAAUAAAAACUAAAAAUGUAAAUCAAUUUUUAACAAAUUAUCCUUAAAUUUACUUGUAGGCAGGGACUUUGUCGACAUAUCAGCUUCUUGAUCAGUUGUAUGAAUAUAUUUUAAUUGCACUGCAUUGUUCCUUGAAUUUUUUCUCAAAUAAAAUGAUGUUUUAUAUUAAUAUGUUUGGUACAUUUAUGGUAUUCAUGGUUUGAUGCUAGUUUUAUGCAGCUUUGUGUAUCUUCAUACAUUCACAUAUAGCAUCACUCACAACCAUGUAUUCAGAUUCUGUUAAGGAGAUUGUGACCAUUAUUUUCUAGAACACUAUGAUAUUGUAGAACCAUAGAACUUAAUCAGAUAUCCUGUUACAGAUGUCAUUACCCCAGUUAGCAUCAUCAUAAGCAGAUAAAACGAAGUAUAUUUAUGUUUUUCUUAUAACAAAGUUUAUAAUUAAGACUUCCUUUGAUAUAACAUAGAUCACGUUUCAGAUGUAUCCAAUGUUGUUCAGUCAGAUGAAAUCGAUACCUGCUAAAGUAACUAACAGUGUGGCACAUAUCCUGUCUUGUACUAAGUAUUGCAUUAAUUAAACAACCAGUUUAUUGUUUAUAUGAUUUAUCACAAGUUUUAUCAUUUUUAUCAAAAGCUAGAUUUAAUUUGUGUUCUAUAGGAGUUAAUAUUUGAUGGCUAUUUUCCAUAUUAAAUUUUUUUAGUAAAUUGUUCAAGUACCGUAUUUGGUCAAGUUUUAGUGUGUCAUGAUUUCUUUCAAUGUGAAUACCAAGAAAGAAAUUCAAUUCACCACCAUCAGUUAUUUUAAACUGAAUACGUCUUGUUUGUUUAUCUCAUACACACGAUUUACAUACAAUAUCAAGUUCAUCUAUAUCCUUGGUAGAAAUGUUAAUUCCAUUAAUCAUUUUUUCUUUGAUUAGUCUAGACAAGUUUGAUUUACAUAAAUGACCAAGCCUUUAAUGCCAUAAGUCUGCAUUUCCCUCAAUAACUAAAUUAGUAUUAGCUGAAUCAUGCAUACACAUUAAAUUUAAUCCGAUAUAUUUUGUCAUUUCUUUCUUCUAUGGCAACUCAAUUAUUAUCCUGUUGUAUUAAAACCUUAGCAUUGUAAAAUGUAAUUUUUAUUCCCUCCUCUUCAGUUUUUUGUACAAAAAAUAAAUUAUUUAAUAAGUGGGGUACAAAGAGUACACUUUUAAAAAUAAUUUUUUAUAGGUGUUCCAAUACUUGAAUUUCUAUAAAAUAUUUUUUACUAUUCACUAUGUAGCCUGAUGCUCCGCAGUCCAAGUACCAACAUAUUGUAUUUGAAUUUAAAAAAAUUCCAUUCAGAAUGGUUGCAAUUUGAGUUUGAAAAGCGAUGUUUUUUUUUUCACUACUAAUUCCUCAGUAUGAUAUGCCUUACUUUUUUUCUGUUGUGUUUUAGGCUUUUCUGUUUUCACAUCAUAGUCAGAACAUAACCUAUUCACUCCAAGUUAUAUGGAAAAUUGGGUUUUUAUUAGAUAUUUAUUUUCAUUUCCAGAAAAAGCUGCUACAGAUGUUUCCUUAGUAAAACCAAUAGCUAUCUCGCUACGCUUGGAAUCUAAAAUUACAGAAUGUUGUAAUUUCAAUUAUUAAAUAUAAGAAAACUAAUUUUUAUUAUUAGUAAAUUUAUAAUUGUAGAGUAAAAUUACUGAUAAUUUCAUACUGAUUGCAGAUCUAUCAUAUAUGAUAUUUUCUAGAAAUAUCAAUAUUGCCAUAUUCAUACAUACAUAUAUAUAUAUAUUACAUUUUCAAUUAUUGAUUUGAGAUUCAGAAUGAAACAAAAAAUGUAUUGAUAUUACUAUGAUGUGCAUUUUUUUUCAUGCUUAAUGAUUUUGCUGCAAUGUAACACUUGUGUGCACAAAUGAUGUUUAUAAGACGUGACAACAAUAUACUUUGUUUUAUACAAGUUUUUACUAAUUGUUUUAUACACAUGAUUACACGUAAAACAAAAAAAUAAAAAUAAAAACAAUUGACCGAAGUCAUAUUGAACAUAUUUAAUGCUAUAUAAACAUUGUGUAUAUUUUAUAAUAUUCCUAAAUUAAUUUUAUUAUGUAUGUUAUCAUUAUAGGCAAUAAUUAUUAACUGCUAUAAUAAUUAGUAACAUUUUAGUAACCAUUUAACAAAACAAAUCCAAAAUGUCGUCAUCAGACUCUAAAUCUUGGGGCAGAUUGCCAACUUCUAGAAUCUUGUAUUUCCUCUUAGGCACUGAAAAAUUAAAAUGAUAUAAAAUAAAUUUGUAUUAUUAAUAAUAUCUGCUUUAUGAUGAAUAAUUAUAUUAUGGUCUGAGCUUGACCUGUUUUUUCCCUCAAAAACAUUCACUACAGUAAAAACUAAUGUAAAACUGUUAACUGAUUUUGAUUAUUUUAUUUUUUUUUUUUUUUGGUUAAAGAAAAACUUAACAAGGGGUACAUUGUAUUUUGAACAUUAUAUUUGCUAAACACUAUAAUUUAGAACUUGAAUAUGUCCAAUUUGCAUAAUUAUUUUUAAUGCAUUUUUUUUUUUAUAGUUUCAGGUUACAUAUUUGAAAAUCAAAGUGCUAUCUCCAAUGCAUAAAGAAACCAUCAUAAAAAAAAAAAUUAAAAAAAAAAAUCUGAGGCAUGGUAUUUUUUUUUGUAAACCAGUCAUGGGCAGGUCCCACAGUCCUCAAGAUAGAAAUUAAAACUGAUUGAACUAUUUGUUAAUAAUUGUGAGUGAACAAUUUGUAAAAUGCCAUAAUUCUUAAAUCUUUUACUAUUUAUUUGUACUCUUAUUACCCGAUUUCAAAAAGGGUGAAGUGUUUUGAUUUUAUAUAAAAUUUGAAUGUUUAUUCUAUCAUACCUCCUAAACUCCUGAAUCAAUGUGACUUAUGUGACUUAUCAAAUUAAAUAAGCUAGAUUUCUGUUAUGGAUGCUGUGGGAUGUCAUCCUUAUAGGAUUGUAGUAUUUGAUUUAUUUAUUGUAUUUAUGUGAGCCUGUUCUGUCAAAGGAAAAUCAAGAUUUUUAUUAACAAUUAAUUAUAAGUUAACAAAGGAAGCAGUAGAGAAUUAAAACAGAUUCUCCAUUGCUAUUUGUUAAAUUGGGGGGAAAAAGGUGGACGUCUCAUAAUUAUUUCUAUACAUUUUGUUCACUUUUUAGAUAGUAUGGUUUUUGAUUUUGAAUAAAAUUAUUUAAACAUGAGGUUAAAAUAAAAUAAAUUAAAAUCUCUAAAAUACCUAAAAAUUGUACUUUUAAAUUUUAAUAAUCAUAUAUCUACUUAACUUACCUACAUUCAUAUUUAUUAAAAUAUUUUAAGUAUUAAAAUAUUGUAAUACAUUAAAUAAUGAUUGAUAAUUAUUUAUCAGGUAUCUUGUUACUAUUAUUAAUUAUAUAUUACAUAAUACAUAUUAGAUAGGUACUAUUUUGAGUUUCUACAAAUGUUUACUUAUACUUGCUUUGAGUGUUUUUGCUUUCUUUUACGAUGCGAACCGACCAGGUCAAUGAAUAGAAUACUAAUACAGCGAUUGUCAUCAAAAUGAAAUACAUACAGAACGUAUCGAAUAAUAAAAAUAAAAAUGAUUUUUCGAACAAACAACUUUCGAUUCUGUCAAAAUAAUAAUAACAAAUUUAAAUUAAUCGUCGUUUGUUAUUUACUUUUGACGAUUUUUCAAGUAGUUUAAAGUCAAGUCUUUAGUACAGACGGUUUAUCUCGUGCGUUUUCGUCGUAUUUAAUCUCCUUUUUCAACUCACUUUUGAUUCGAUUUCGAACGAAUUGUUGUGGACGGCGGUUUCGCCGCUGUCCUCACGUCCCUAACAAGAAAAUAAUUAUCCAAUUCCACAGACAACUGCGUGAAUAUCGUGUCCGACAACCACUCGGCCAAUUUUUCGCGCCCGAUCUUCCUCAGGCCGUCCGUCACGGCUAUAAAGCUUUUCUCUUUACCGGCGCUAUCGUUCCACGUGGUCAGUAACGACAAACACGGCUCGUCCGUAGGCAAGUCUCGUUCUAUGUACGCGGAAAUUGACAAUUUUUACAACUCGUUAAAAUAUCGACGGGUUUUUUUUUUUUUUUUUAAUUUUUUUUGUUUCAAUAUAAGUGCACAUAUCGAUUUACGGAAAUUCACGUUCCUGUGUUUGAAAAAGAACGCGUUCCAAACUUAGUUCCUUCCCGAAUACUGAUAACCCUAGAAUUCGUGAAUUUGUCCAAUUUAUGAAACUUAUAAUUUUUUUGCCAUUUUCGUGAAACGGCCGGGCGAAUUGCUCGAUUCGUUGACUCGACAAAAGAUUACUAAUAAAUUGUCCGUUUCACACUAAUAGUCCGUAAGUUAAUAGUAAUGUAUACGUUUUUUCAAUAUGUAUAACUUUUAAAACGAUGUUUUUAAUAAAUUGCGAAUCCUUAAAAAAUAUGUGUUAUUAAAUUAUUUAUACAUUUUUAACGUGAAUUGAAAACAAAAAUCGUAAAUUUUAUUGCGUGUUUUUGCCCUUUGGGGUCUCUGGCGACGGCGUGAUGAAUAAUAAUGUCAGUCUAACGGACGAAUAAUAGAAUUAUCUCUUAUCGCUUACUCAUCGCGCGUAAUGCCGUAAUCGCGAAUUAAGACGUAUACGUUAAUUCGUGGCCGUAAUUAGUAUCACGUGGGUUACAGCACCGUCGCUAUGUUCACC